AUGAUGAAUAGUACAUAUAAAUAUGGUGGGCCGUAUUCAUGCACAUUAACAACGCACGAAGGAAGCUUCGGAGUUUAUAAUUCCUGUGUAGAAUACGGAAAGGAGCAGUUAAGAAAUUUCAAACAGCAGAUAGUAAAAAAUGUAAUCAUCCAGAUUUUGCUAUUUGAGCACCUGAAAAGGGCAACCAAAGGAGAAUUGAAUGGUGGGUGUCAUAACCACGCAGAACUGCUCAGUAGUAACAACGUACAUGUGAGAAAGAGGAUCGAUGAGAAGAACGCACAAAAAGGCUUUCCUCCCAAUCGUCAUACGGAAUAUCCAAAUGAAGAAUGCACAAGCCAUGGGGAUGAUUGUCAUACAAACGGGUGGCAUUCGGAAGGUGGCAAAAAUGUAAAGGUGGAAGCAUGCGUGGUGCACAGGAAGAGUAAAAAAACGAAAAAAAAAUAUUAUAAUAAAGGGAUAAAGAAGAAAAGGUAUAUUGCAAGGAGAGAACACAGGAAACAGAAUCAAAAUGGAGGAAGCAAUACCAUCCGAAGUGAUAGUCCCCAUUGCGCGCUAUUGGAAAAGGGUGACAAGGCGGCAUGUAUGGGACAUUAUAAUGAAGUUUUUACUCCCCUAAAGGGAAAAAAAAUGUUAUAUUUUAAGAUGGUUUGUAAAAAUAUGGUGAUUGAAUUUUUAUCCCUCAGUGGGGGAAAACAAGAACUACACAAAUCUUCGGCCCCCAAGGUUGGGGAGCCCUCGUAUUGCUCAUUACUUCCUGUCUACGGUGCAGGCAAAAGUACCCGUAGGAACUUCCCCAAUUGGGGUGGCGAUCCUACGGCCUACUGCAUCAGUAACAGCGGAGGUGACAACAGUGGGAAUAAUUAUUCCGGCGCAUAUUCAAACGGCAACUGCCGAGGUGACACCCCCAAUAGGGGCGGCAGCGCGAAUAAUUAUGGUGGCAUGAAAGGUUCUGGAAGCAGCGGAGGUGGCCUUGGGGGUGCAGGAGGAAGUGGUGACAACAACGAGGAGAACAACAAUAACAACAAUCACAAUACUAACAGGGAUGCGUUCCACGAUGCAGAGGAGGACGAGCAGGACAAUACCAAUGAUAAUAAAAACACCCGUAGUAACAUGGACAAAGGAAGGAACGCCAUUAACGUGCACGAAAUGAAUCACAUGUAUGGAAAUCACGAGAAGGAAAAUGCAACCAAUCUGAUGAAUGGAAAUUACGUAGACAGCAAUGCAGCGAAUUCAGAGAAUGCAUACAAAAAUGAAAACAGCAGUGGUGGCAGUCAUCUUAACAAUGCAGGAAUGGGCGACCCCUUCUUUGAGAAUGCAGAAAGUAACAAAGCGAUUGGGCUGCUUAGAAGUGCAUCGAACAGUUUAAUGAACAAGGGGGGCGGGUCCCCCGCAGAGAUGAACAAUUCAAAUAUGAAUUAUAUGCCCCACAUGAGUGGGAAGGGCGGGUUGAGCAACGUGCCCCCGAAUCAAAGGAUGAAUUUCCCGAGCAUGUUUAUGGGACCGAACAUGGUACAACCACAUGGGGCUCAAAAUAGCAUGCAUAAUAGCAUGAAUAGCAAUAAUGGGGGUGGAACAGACCCCUUAGAUAAUAUGCAAAAUAUGAAGCCACCACCAGGAGGAAUGUUGAAGCAGAAGCACAACCAGUUCAUGUCCCCAGGACAGAACGCAGGAGAUAACAAAGUAACCAACUCACAGCAACAUAAUAGUACCAGCAGCAGUAAUAGUAGCAUGCCCCCAAAUAAUUUCAUGCCGAAUCAACUGCACCAGCAGUUUCAAAUUCAACAACAGAUGCAUUUACAGCAUUUAUUUCACCAGCAAAAUAUCCACCCCUAUAAUAUGAUGCAGCCAAAUAACCCUUCGAAGUUUCCAACCCAACAGGGUCCCCAGAAACAGUCAAAUGCUUCUAUCCUGAAAAUUCCACAAAUGUUAUCGAUGAAUUCACUUGACCGGAGGAGCAACUCCAUUUCGCAGAAAAUGCCUAGGCAUGUAAUGAACCCAAUGGAUUCCUCUAGCAAUUCGCAAAGAAGUGCCAACACGUCCAGCAUAUCGUCCAUAACGAACCCGCCAAACCAUGUAAAUUCUAUGUCGCUGAAAUAUCCCUACAAGAGUAGCAGCACAUCGCAGCAUAUCAGUAGCGCCGGUAGUAGUAACAACAAUAGCAAUAGUAACAGCGGGAACAACCCCCCUGCGGUGAGUGGCCAGCAACAUCAGCAGGCGCAGCAACAGCAUGGCGUGCAAAACCCGAUAAGCAACAUAAGUCACAACGUAACGAACAAACAGAACAUGCAACAGAGCAUACUUCCGGGGUCACAUCUCCUGCCGACCAAGCAGAAUUCACAGCAGCUGCAAAUGCAAUCGCCUGGUUCGUCCACCGCGCAGAAGGGGAUGCCCCAACAGCUUCAGCACCAGCCAAGUAUGCAGCAGCAGAUGGGCCCAACGCCGAAAACGAUGAACACGACCAGCAUAUCCGGCUCGAUCAACAGACAACCCAACCACUUGUCCUUCUCGAAUGUUCCUCCUAACCAGCAAAACGUGCCGCCAUUCAUGCAUGGCAACCCCAUGCACAUGUACCAGCAGCAGCCGCCGUUUUUCCCGAGAGGAUCGUCAUCUCCGCAGUCCAUGGGUCCCCAGCAGAUUUCCUACGAUUGGAUGCACAGUCCCUACAUGCAGCAUCAGUACAUGCUUCAGCAGUGCCAAUUGACCCCUCAACAAUUGUUCCUGCAGCAGCAACAGAAGCAGCAGAGCAUAUUGCACCACGCGCAGCAGAACGUGCCUCCACUGCAUCUGCAGGGGCAGAAGCAGCAAAACAUGUCCUACCCACAUAAUCAGCAGCAGCACCAUCCGCAGCAACAGAUGCAAAUGCAGAAUUUGGAGAACCUACCUCCACACAUGCGAAUGAUCCAAGCACAGCAUGGGGGUAUGCCAUUCAAGCAAAACGUAGCACAGCCAUUUCCACACAUGUUUAAGGAUAACAUGCUUUCGGGAAGUACCAAUUUCGAGUUUAUGGAAAAUAUGAAUGACAUGCAAAGGAUGGCAUCUUUGAAAAGUCACGUCCUGGAUGUAACUACCAGCAAUAACAUCUCACUAGAAGGAACAGUUGAAGAGGACAUUUUCGACAGCAAUUAUCACUGCGAUAUAUGUAAUAAAGAUAUAACGCAUGCGAUUAGAAUAAGGUGUGCCGAAUGUGUAGACUUCGACUUAUGUGUAAAUUGCUUCAGCAGUGGAAAAGAAAUGAAGUCCGAAAAAUGUGAACAUUACAAUUAUCACAAUUAUAUACCCAUACCAAAGUAUGACUUCCCUUUGUAUAAAUUAAACUGGAGUGCAGAAGAGGAGCUGUUACUACUAGAUGGGAUAAGCAAGUACGGUUUUGGAAACUGGGAACAAGUAGCUGAUUUGGUGAAUUCUGCUGCUAAAAUUCCAAAGACGGAUAGACAAUGUGAAAAACAUUACUAUAAUUUUUACCUUAAAUCGAAUUGUGCACCGUUGCCAGAUAAUAAAAGGUUACUAAUAAAGCCAGAUGGAAAUCCAUACGACAUUGAACACGUGGCAGAGAAGGAUAUAAACGAAAAUGAUGAAUAUGUGCAGCCUAAAUCGAAGAAAAAUAACAGAACGCAGAUUAUUGGGUAUUGGCCAUUAAGAGGAGACUUCGAUAUUGAGUAUGAUAACGAUGCGGAGUUGUUAUUAGCUGACAUGGAAUUUAAAGAAUCAGAUUUGCCUCAACAGAAGGAGCUAAAAUUACAAGUGCUUGAAAUUUAUAACUCCAAAUUGGAUGAGAGAAUUUACAGAAAAAGGACCGUUAUUGAGAGGGGGCUGUUGGAUACCAAGUCACAAAUGCAGAGGGAUAAGAAGAGGACCAAGGAGGAAAAGGAAUUGUACACUGCGCUUAAGCCGCUAUCGAGGUUUCAUUCCCCGCAACAUCAUGAAUAUUUCAUUCAGUUACUACUGGAGGAGCAGAAGCUCCGUCAGAGGUUGACCAAACUGCAGGAGUGGAAAACGCUGGGUCUGCAAAAUAUUGAACAGGUGCAGGAGUACGAAAUUGAGAAGAACAGGAGGGCCAAGGAAGCAGUCAAGCAGCAGCAGCAACAACAGCAACAACAACAACAGAUGCAACAACAGCUGCAGCACCCGCAGGAACAGGCUGAGAAGGUCGGCACGAAAGCCCUGAAGAGCAGCAAAAAGGAAUGCAAAAUUAAACAAAAGGACGAAGAAGAAAUGGAAGAAAGCAAAAAAUUAAACAUAGACACUUUUGUCGAACUGGACCUCUUAAACGAGAAGGAAGUAGAGUUCUGUAAAAAUAUGAAACUCCCAAUUUUGUUUUUCCUCCUUAUUAAGAGGCUACUAAUAAUGGAAAUUAGCAACAGUAAUUUAAAUAUGCUUAAGGAUAUCAACGAACUGAAGUUGAAGGGUUACAAGGUGGGUCAACUGUACGACUUCUUCCUCAGCUUUGACAUUAACCAGAAAGAGGAACUCCUAAACAACAACGGAAAUGGGAACGUUAAAAAUUCACACAUAAGGAAGAAUGAAGAUAAGAGACGAAAAAUGAAAACGAAUUAUGACUACAACAGUUUUAAUCGGUCUGAUAAAGUGGAGGUGGACGACACGAAUGAUAAUGGCGGAAAUGCUGGUGGUGCAACGGGCAAAGCGGGGAACAACUAUGCGGCAGGAACAAACGGUGCGGCAAUUUGCGGCCCGAGCGGCAUCACGGGUGCCAUCUCAGGUGCAAUUGCCAGUCCUAGUGCAAUCGAUAGUGGCACCCCAACGGUAGGUGGCCAGAUGCCCAGUGAAAAUGCAGGGAACACCCAGCCGAUGAAGGAGGAAAGUGGGACCAUCCUGAAUGAGCACCCCCCAACUGGUGACCCACUAAAUGAUAAGGACCUACCGGCGAGCACCCAACCAGUGGAGAAAACUGACGAAAACGACAACGUAGGAGCCCCCACCGAUAAAGAAAAAACAGCUAUGAGUAACGCUCCUGUAAUUGCCCCCGAUGGAGCUGGUACUACCAACAGGGACAAAAAAUCCAGAGAGAGAAGAGCAAAGAAAGAAAGAGACGAAAAGGUGACGCAGCAAUUGAUAACUUCCAAAGAAUCCGAAGUGGUGAGUAGCCCCCCUAAGGAGGUCAAUCCAGGAAGCUCAGAAAAUUUAACCCCUAGUCAAAAGAAAAAAAGCAACGUGAAAAAGAUAGGAAGUACUAGUACAGCAACAACUUUAGAGGGGGAAAAAACGGAGAGCACGCAAAAUUUGGGAAGCCUUGAAGGGGACAAGGAAAUUGUAUCCGACAAGAAAGAAGUAGAAAAGGAAAUUAAUGAAGCAAAGCAGAGCGAGGUAGAAGCAUCUCCCACCGCUGCAACAUCUGGAGAGGCGAUUCCAGGGGGUGAAAAACCCACCGAUGUGAAUGCGCCCAGUCCCUACGACGAAGAAGACAAAGAGGUGGACGAAGACUAUGGUGACCUGGACGACGACGGAGAUGAUAGAGAAACAAACGCUGACAUAGAACCAGAUGAAAAUGAAAAAAAAAGUAAAAAGAAAAGCUCAAAAAAGAAAACAGAAAGUAAAGAAGAAAGUUCAGAUUUGGUCAGCACAAUUACAGUGAAGACAAGUAUAGGCGAUAGCAAUUCUACAAAUGAGAUUUUAAAAAGUUCAAAUAAUUCGAGGAGAAAAUCGGUGGAAAAAAUAAAGGAAACUCCAUCACAAGUUAGAAGUAACAACCAAAGUAAGAAAAAAACGGGAGAAACAAAUACAAUUGAAGAGAAGAAAAUGGGCAAUAGUAGCACAAUUAACAACGCAAACCAUUCGUCAGGAAAGGUGAAAAAAGGCACUCCAAAGAAUGAUGACAGCCUUAGCAGUGAGAUUUUUGAAAGCACAUCGAAAAAGCGAAGUAACAGCAAAUCCAAGAAAAGUAGUGACUACGAUUUAAGUAGAAAUGCAUCCAGAGUGAGCAGCCAUUUUGACCUGGAAAAUGAAAACAGUUGUGUGGAAACAUUCGAUUCCAGCGUAGAAUUGGAUGGAAAAUUAUCCAAAGGGAAAAAGCUCAGCACCCCUUCCCCCUCUUCUUCAUCCAUAUUGAGUAAGAAUGACAAGAGCAGACGUAGCAAAGCAAAGAGUAACAACUUGAGCCCGGACCUUUUAUCCUCCAGCGUUGAUACAAAGGAUAAUGACAGAAAUGACAAGAAGGCCAAAACGGCUGAAGACACUGUAAAGAAGUCAUCGAAGAAGAGAAAGGGCUCCACCAGUUUGGUUUCCACGUCGACGAAGAAGUCCAUGAAGAUGUGA